GCACAUAAAUAAAGCACCUUAUAGUCCCUUAAAACACUGGAAAAGAGUAAAAAUAAGGUUUAGUGAAGAAUGGCAAUCAGCUGUUUAGGAAGACCAAUGACACGUGUUUCUCAGGUCACUUUAUUUACCUUUAUUUCUCACGUCUAAUUAAAGCUAAGUGAAGAGAUGAAGUAGAAGAAGAAGCAGAGAGAAAACACUGAGACGGAGAAGAAGGCGGAGGAGAAAACAGCGAAGAGAAGACAUAAGACAGGAGACACACCACCCCGCCACAAUGAGCUGCCAGCGCGGGAACACCAACCGCACGCGCAAGCAGAAGCACCACAACAAGACAGCCUUCAAGAACACACUGCACGACACCAGCCGCCGCACGCUGCAGAUGAACAGCAUGGACAUAACGGAGGUGUGCAAGAGGUGUCAGGACGUCAUAGCCUGGAAGGUGAAGUACAAGAAAUACAAGCCGCUCACACAACCCAAGACCUGCACCAAUUGUCACCAGAAGAAUAUUAAGGACGCCUACCACACAGUCUGCCUCAACUGCUCCAAGGAACUCCAAGUCUGCUGCAAGUGUGGGAAGAAGGAGGAGAUUGUGGCGCAUAAACCUCCUUCAAAAAUAGAACAACUCCAGACCAUGGCUGAGCUGGAGGCUGAGGUGAAGACCCUUUCCGAGCGCAAGAGGCGAGCGUACUACAGGUACUUAGAGAAGCUUGAAGGCAAUCACAAGAAGAAGAAGAAGCAGCCUAACACUGGUUCUGAAGGGGAGGCGUGUGUCUGGAGAGAAGGAGAGGAGGGCAAGGCAGAGGAGGAGGAAGACACAAUGAACAUGGACGAGUACUUCAGGAAUGCCCGACAGAAACUGGAGGAGCUGAUGAAGGGGAUAGAAGACGAGUUUUACGAGCAUUUAGAGGACCUGAAUCUUAGCAGUGACGACGGGUGUGAUGACGAGGAAGACGACAGUGAUGAUGAUUUUUGAAUUUGUCCAACCUAUACCCAUUGAUGAGUGGUGUUACUUAUUGCAUCAGUUUUUAAAUAUAAGUACUUAAUCUAAA